UCUACUCUAUCUCGCCCUGCUUCUAGUCUUCGGCCUUCGCAGUUCGUCAACUACGACGAGGAGAGGAGCGCAUCCAUGGAAGCUAUGCUCAGAAUCCGAGCUGCCUUGCUUCUCUCUGCCUUAGCUCUUCUCUCUCUGUUCGUUAGAUCCUACUCUCAGGAGAUUCAGAUCGCCAACGCUGAGCGCCGAAUUGACUUGACUUCUCACAUUGUUAAGGUGUUCCUAACCUUGAAGGUAGAAAAUGUUGGGACAUCUCCUGCUUCAGAAAUACUUCUGGCAUUUCCUCCCACUCAAGUUGAUCAGCUAGCACUUGUCAAAGCUGCAGCAACUGUCGGAAAACGGAAGAAGAAAAGUUAUUUGGCCCUUGAUGUGAUUCCAACUGAGCUACCUGAUGCACCAAAUGGAACUAAGUAUUUCUCUAUAUCUUUACUCAACCCAUUAAGCACAGGCGAAACUGCAACACUAGAAGUUCUUUACAUAUUGACACAUUCUCUGGAACCUUUUCCAGCAGAAAUAAGUCAAUCAGAGUCACAGUUGGUCUACUAUCGUGAUAGUGCACUAAUAUUAUCGCCAUAUCACAUUAAGAAACAAACAACUUUUUUCAAGACUCCAAGCUCUAAAUUGGAAUCAUUCACAAGAGUGGAACCAACCAACCGUGCCGGUACAGAGCUGAAAUAUGGACCAUAUGAAAAUCAUCCUCCAUAUUCAUUCUUGCCCAUACUACUUCAUUUUGAGAACAACAAUCCAUUUGCCAUUGUUGAGGAGCUUGUCCGUGAAGUGGAAAUAUCUCACUGGGGUAAUCUGCAGAUCACAGAGAGUUACAAGUUGGCACAUGCAGGUGCUCGACACAAAGGCAUGUUUUCGAGGGUUGAAUAUCAAUCUAGGCCAUCUAUUAGCGGGGUGUCUUCAUUUAAAAAUCUUUUAGCAAGGCUACCUCCUAGAGUUCACUCUGUCUACUACCGUGACGAAAUAGGGAAUAUCUCAUCCUCACAUUUGCGUACAGAUCCCUGGAAGUCAGAACUUGAGAUUGAGCCACGUUAUCCUUUAUUUGGAGGUUGGAAAGCUACUUUUGUCAUUGGAUAUGGGCUCCCAUUGGAAGACUUCCUUUUUGAGUCACCUGAUGGCAAGCGAUACCUCAACUUCAGUUUUGGAUGUCCUCUUGUGGAGACAGUGGUGAACAAAUUGACUGUUAAAGUUGCACUGCCAGAGGGAGCAAAAGACCCUUCUGCUGUCAUUCCUUUCCCGGUGGAGCAGCAUCUGGAGACCAAAUAUUCUUAUCUUGACAUCGUUGGGAGGACUGUGGUGGUUCUGGAAAAGAACAACGUGGUUCCUGAGCACAACUCUCCAUUCCAGGUUUAUUACAACUUCAAUCCGAUAUUCAUGCUUGCGGAACCAUUGAUGUUGACAUCUGUGUUUUUCUUAUUAUUCAUUGCUUGCUUGGCUUAUCUACAUGUUGAUCUUUCCUUACGCAAGUGAUUGGAACUGUAAAAGUGACAGGCGACGGCCAAAUCUGGAGCUAGGAGUGUUGGAAGUGAUUGCCAGAGAACAUAGCAUUUAGAAAUUUUGCUCUAUGCGCGUAGUUGUCUUUCGGCCACUAUUUAGAAAUUUUGUUGUUUGUGAACUGUUCCCAUACAUAUUGGUUCGCUGUCUUGAUAUUUUUUUAAGUAAUAUUAAGGUUCAGAUGUGUGUUAAAGAGAAUAAAACAUUUUAUCA